AAUGUUUUUUGUUGUUGGUACUUGGCUUUUGAAUACAAUUUAUGGGUCAUUUAUAUCCUUUAUGUUUACUGAUACUUUCUCUACCCAAUAUGUUGCACCCUCAAUUAAUUUCUUGACUUGUGUAAUCGCUUCUUCUAGCAAUGUUUUUAUUCUCUUUACUUGCAGGUAUUGUUUAAGAAAUAUUUUUGGGAAAAGUCCGGAUAGUUAA